UGUAGAAUGUGGUAUGUGUUGACAAGGCACGAAUUCUUCAAUGGCGGCCCGAAGACCCGAUUGAAAGCUGUAAAAUUUGGCUGCUGGAAGAGUAGCGUUACCGUCAAUUACAAGAGCACGUUCACAGGAACGUACACUUUGAAAGUGAUAGAUGGUGGAGCUCCCUCCAUCUUGACCACAACAAUUGCAGGACCUGAAGACCUACAUAAUGGGAAAUAUUUUCGCAUCACGGUUGUGUGGCUAAAUGCUCACAUACCAGGGUGGUAUCUCUGUAUCGAAUGCAAAUUCUUCAGGAUCAAGCUCUAUAUUGCCCGUCACUGUAUGGUGAUUGUAAUCCCCCCUAUUUGGUGCAACCAUAUUCUUGGCAUAUGUGGCGACUGGAACACAGACCCACUUAACGACGAGACCAUCCUAACCAUUCCGGUGAGCGAUGCUACCCCUUGGGGACCCCUCGUAGAGGCGUCUUCUCCUUUGUGGCCGUGGCCGUAAAUGGACAAGACCCCGGACGCCUCCAAUUACUCCGAACUACUUUUGCACGUAUCUUACUUCUGGCUGGUUAAAAUGCUUUGAGAUAGCUUUCAGAAUUAUUUCUUCACUGUUAUGGCACGCGUUUGUCCAUAAUUAAUAAUAACAAAUAUUAAAAAUAACGCCAAGGGCGUGUUUGCAAAUGUAUUAAUGAAAUCACAAGCGUAACAAUAUCGGCCAUUGAUUUGAAAGCUAUGGCCUUUAUGACUUUAUUUGGAAAUACAAU